AUGGCGGAAUCUGUGAUCUUAGUCACAGGUGGGACUGGCCUCGUGGGCAAGGCCAUCCAGAAGGUGAUCUCGGAGGAUGAGCUAGCCAAGAACGAGAAGUGGGUCUUCCUGUCAUCCAAAGACGGCGACCUUGUCGACAGGAAAGCCACAGAGGCUGUCUUUGAGAAGUACAAGCCUACGCACGUCAUCCAUUUGGCUGCGCGGGUGGGGGGGCUCUUCCACAACAUGGCCAAGAAAGUGGAGUUCUACCGGGAAAACACGCUCAUGAAUGACAACAUCAUGGAGUGCUGCCGCAUACACGGGGUCAAGAAGCUCGUCUCCUGCCUGUCCACAUGCAUUUUUCCCGACAAGACAACCUAUCCGAUAGAUGAGACGAUGCUGCACAACGGUCCCCCUCACAACUCGAACCUGGGCUACUCCAUGGCAAAGCGUAUGGUUGACACCAUGAACCAUUGCUACCAUGAACAGUACGGCGUCCAGUUCACUUCGCUCAUCCCGACCAAUGUCUACGGCCCUCACGACAACUUCAACAUCGACGACGGCCACGUGAUCCCAGGCCUCAUCCACAAGUGCUACCUGGCAAAGCAGCAGAACAAGGACAUGGUCCUUUGGGGUAGCGGCACGCCCAUGCGCCAGUUCAUCUUCUCCGAGGAUCUUGCACGACUGACAGUCUGGGUCCUGCGAGAGUACAAGGAGAUCGAGCCCAUCAUCCUCAGUGUGGGUGAAGAGGAUGAGGUCUCGAUUGCCGACGUGGCGAAGAUGAUUAAAGAGGCCAUGGAGUUCAAAGGUAACCUCAUCCACGACACCACGAAAGCAGACGGCCAGUUCAAAAAGACAGCUUCCAACACGAAGCUGCGGUCAUACAAGCCGGAUUACAAGUUCAAGCCGAUCGCCGAAGGCAUCAAAGAAGCCGUCGAUUGGUUUGUCGCGAACUACGACUCCGCUCGGAAAUGA